GAGACGGUCAUCACAACCGGGUCUUAAGCUUCUAAGAUUGUUUCAGAAAUUUAAACAUCUUUUGAUGGUCAUAUUUUAUAGACGGUCAACCGCGUAAAAGUCGUCACGGACCACUAAAACGGUCUCCAAAUUCCAAAACAAUCUCGAAACAGCUAUACAAACCUGCCAUACAGACUUAGCUAUAUAAUCCAUACAGACAGCCUAGAAAGAACAUCGAUUUUGCUGGUUGUUUGGUUUGGAGCCCAAUUCCCAACAUCGUUGCAUUGAUUUUGCGCGUGUAUGUUUACUUGCUUCAAGCCUUAUACCUCAAAUAUCAAUUGAUCCGCGAUCCUGUCACAGGCCCGUCGCUUUCCUGGCGCGAUGAAAUUUGCCAAGGAGCUCGAGCAGGAUCUUGUGCCAGAAUGGCGAAUAAAGUAUCUCAAUUACAAGGCCGGCAAGAAAUACAUCAAGAGUGUAGCAAGGGCUGUGAAUCGAGCAAAUGGUACACCGAGGGCCAAUAGUCGGCGGCUUCCGCCACGUGAAGUUCCGCCCUUCUUCCGCAGCCCCUUUUCGCUCCAGCAGGUGUCCAGGGAUGCGAACUCUCAGUGGCCCGAGGAUAUAGGUCCUCCGACAUCCGGCCUCCAUCUAUCGAGACAGGCGACACGCUCGGAGCCUGCCAACAUGCCCGUCCCGAAUGAGAGACAAUCACUGAGCGGCUCUGGUAUGAAUGAAACUAACUACGGGAGUUUCGUACGAACACCCCCAGCUAGUUCAGCUCUUUCAAAAGCUGAUAGUCGCCAAACUUUCGAGUUGCCUGGGCCUGCGAUCCAUUUACCUUCACCAGCGGUAGAUGCCUCUGGCAUAAUCCCGAGUACUAAUUUCACCCGGCAACAUACCACGCCUGUCGAACAAGCUAGCACAAGAACCGUGCAGCCAGUCGCUUCCGGGAGAUUACGUCGUAUAUUCUCCCAGGGCUCUCAGCUGCCACGAGCCGAGGACACCAAGGGCGCAUACCCGCUGGAGGCAAUUGAUACAGUCCGGCAACGAGAAAAAGAGUUUUUCGACUUUUUAGACGGCGAGCUGAAUAAAGUUGAAACUUUCUACCGCCAGAAAGAGUUACAGGCCGAGGCUCGGUUGGCUGUCUUACGAGAGCAACUACAUGAGAUGCGCAACCGCCGCACCCAAGAGGUUGCUGAGCUUCGACGACUAAAGACUCACAAAAGCAAGGGAGUUGAUGGAUCUGCGGGAAAUUCCUCCGGUUUCAAUCAACACCUCAAAUGGACCGAUCCUAUCAAGUCGAGGAUAUUUAAGCCUGGUGCCAACUCGAAAGCGCUGGCGAGGAUGCCGCAGACCCCUGUUGUCGGUGCCAUGGCUGGUGAUGCCACAAGAGAUUAUAUCAGAAGGCCGUAUGAACAUGACGUAUCCUACAGGACGGCGAAGCGCAAACUGAAACUGGCACUGCAAGAGUUGUAUCGUGGAAUGGAGCUUCUGAAAUCUUAUGCUCUUUUGAACCGGACAGCUUUCAGAAAGCUGAACAAGAAAUACGACAAAGCAGUUAAUGCUCGUCCGCCUUAUCGUUAUAUGAACGAGAAGGUCAACAAAUCAUGGUUCGUUAGUAGCGAAGUUAUCGAUGGUCACAUAAAAGCGAUCGAAGAUCUAUAUGCGCGCUAUUUCGAGAAAGGUAACCAUAAAAUCGCAGCCAGCAAACUGCGCCGGAUGAACCGUCGACCCAGUGACAAGUCUAACAUUGCCUUCUGGAAUGGGUUAUCGAUCGGAAUCGGCGCUGUAUUUACGAUCCAGGGUCUUACCUACGGUGCCCAGCUCCUAUAUGACCCAGAUCCUACAAUCCGGUUACAGACUAGCUACCUGUUGCAGUUAUACGGGGGCUACUUCCUCAUUCUUCUUCUCUUUUCGCUAUUUUGCUUAGAUUGCUACUUCUGGACCGCCAACAAAAUCAAUUAUCCAUUCAUAUUCGAGUUUGAUACUCGGCAUAAUCUAGACUGGAGGCAGCUUGCCAUCUUCCCAGGCUUCUUUCUUCUUGUCUUCGGUAUCUUCAUCUGGCUCAACUUUACUCGAUAUGGAGAUGACAAGCUUUGGCUCUAUUAUCCAGUUAUUUUGAUUUUUGUCACGCUCCUAAUCAUUUUCCUCCCCGCGCGUGUCCUGUGGUACAGAAGUCGUCAGUGGCUCGCGUAUUCCCAUUUUCGACUUUUUUUCGCCGGCUUAUAUCCCGUGGAAUUUCGAGAUUUCUUUCUAGGCGAUAUGUAUUGCUCACUAACCUAUGCUAUGUCUAACGUGGAGCUGUUCUUCUGCCUCUACGCCAACUACUGGGAAAACCCUCCGAUGUGUAAUUCAAGCCACUCUCGCCUUUUAGGAUUUUUCACUACGUUACCGGGAAUAUGGCGUGCAUUGCAGUGUCUCCGUCGAUACUAUGAUACCAAAAACAUGUUUCCACAUCUCGUCAACUGUGGUAAAUACAUCAUGACCAUUCUCUCUUACGUCAUGCUAUCCCUCUAUCGUAUCCAAAACACGCACUCUCACCUGGCACUCUACAUUGCCUUUGCCGUUAUAAAUGGCUUAUACACAUCGAUAUGGGACUUGUUCAUGGACUUCUCGUUGCUCCAGCCUGAUGCCCGACAUCCUCUCUUACGAGAUAUUUUAGGGUUAAAGCGACGCUGGAUAUACUAUGCUAUCAUGAUUAUUGACCCUAUCCUUCGGUUUAACUGGAUAUUUUACGCGAUUUUCACACAUGACACGCAGCACAGCACAAUUGCCUCGUUCCUAAUAGGGUUCACAGAAGUUAUACGCCGUGGAUUGUGGACGCUAUUGCGCGUCGAGAACGAACAUUGCACGAAUGUGGCACAGUAUAAGGCAAGCCGUGACGUCCCAUUGCCUUAUAACCUACACCACGAGCCAUUGAUGGAACGCGCGAGUACAGACGAGCAAUCAGGCAGGUCAAAUCAUGAUCUAUCCAAUGACGAUGGCGGCCUUGCACCGAGCCAAGAUCAAAGACGACCAGAUGGUCAGCAGUCCGCAUAUUCUCCCGCACCUGUCGAUGAGGCAGGGUUACGUAGACGGGGGAAACAGGACGGGCCGGCUUCAAAAUCCAUCCGUGGCAUUAUGGCCAGUGCACACAGACAAGACUUUGAGAAGAAGAGACGGCCAGCUAUGGAAACGGAUCUAGAUAUGAGGGAUCUAUCAGCUGAUGAUCUUCGAAGUGAAGAUGAAGACGAUGACGACUCCGGAAGCGUAGCUGAGGAAGGACAGGGGGAUUACGAUACAGAAUCAUUAGUCCAAGUGCAACGCGAUGAGAUAAGUAGAACAUAAAUUGCACAGACAAUACAGGCAUAUCUAAUCAAUGAAAUAGAUUGAAAAUAAUACAUAAAAUUCUGCUACAGUUCUAUAAGUAUGAGUGUCCAGGCCCGCAUGUCAAUCCCUAGUUUCAAGAUGUCUUUCAUAUCAUUGGUGGACAAUGC